AUGGACUCCCCGCCCGUGAAUCCAAGCACCGCCGACCCCCCCACCCCGGACUCUCGUCCUCCCAGCGUCCCCGACUCGCGCCCUCCCGGCGGCACCCGCCGCUCUGGCGUCAAGACCCCCCGUAGAGUGCAAUGGAUGUCCGACACAGAGGGCGUGUCCUCCACCCACGCCCUCGAUGAGCACGGCUUGAACCCCGAGCCCUUCAAAACGCUCACUCACGCGCUCGAGGCCCACCGCUCGAGCUCCAUGGACAUUGACCGACCCGCCCUUCCCUCCCGCGUCGCCCCCAACUCAAAUGGCGUCGGCCCUUUCUCCGCGGUAACCGCCCCCACGGCUUUGUCCCCCGGCACAUCCGUCCCUUCGUCUCCCGAGAUGACACCCAUUCACAACCUCCCGGGCGAAGUUUUUAUCGAUCAACACGAGACCGCUGGUCUCCCUGGCCGCGACCCCGAAGCGUACUCUCAGCGGCAGGCAGAAAAGGCGGUCCGCACGCACAGGCUCAACUUCCUCAAACUCCGCGGCAAGCACGCGCGCACGCGCAACCGUUUGCAAACUGCGGACCCACUCAUGGGCGACGGCAAAGGCAAGCGUCGCAGCUUUUUUCAGGACCGCCCUGGGGAGCGCGGCAGCCGCGACGUGGAGAAGUUCGCAGACGUGCGCGCCGAGCCGUCCGUUCCGGCGCCGCGCGGCGUGCUUUCCACCCUCCUUUCUAUCUACGAGCCAGCACACGCGAUGCAGUCUGGUCCCUCGACGGCUCGUUCAUCCUGGGACGACGCGCGCCCCUCCCACCCCUACGAACCCACACCACUCCGCCAAAGCGACGGACCAUAUCCUCCCUGGAUGACAGCGAACACGGGGUCGACGUCGUCCAUCCGCUCGCCCAAGUUGCGCGGCUUCUCGCUUGGUGACGCGCGCCCGCCGAAGUCGAGCAGUGGAGCGGGUGUCUUCGGUCCGCUGAUCGCGAGCGCCGGGAACAUCACCGGAGUCGCUGCGCCCAUGUCCGCCACUGUCGCGCCAGACCUGAAGCGGCCCGGCUACCAUUUGUCGAGGUACUCGCUGGAAAGCGUACCAAAGGAGCCAAAACGUGCGCUGUCGCGUUCCAACAGUCUGCACUUCGAUUCCACUCGCGCUCAAUCAACAUCCGUCAUGCCCCCCAGCCCAAGCGUGGACACCAUCUCGCCUCAUUCAUCGCAGUCACCGACUCCCGCAACGCCGAUGGUGCCCGCGCAUGAGAGGAAGCGCUUCAGCGGCACACUGAAAGACCUUCCGAAGUUCACCUGGACCGGAACGCCAGCGAGCACCAUACCCAGCACGCCCGCGACCGAUUUGGGUUCAGAUGAAUUUGAGAGCGGGAUGGAGGAGAAGAGGCCGGAUAAGCGGCGUCACAGGCGGAGGAAGGCCGAGAUUUGGAUUACUCGUCACGUUGCGGAAAUCGUGUGCCGCCAAGAAUUUAUCAUGAAGUUCGCGCGCGCGAUGAUGAUGUUUGGUGGCCCUACCCACCGCAUGCAAGCACUCAUCAUGGCGACGGGCAAGGUCCUUGACAUUCAGCUUUCGUGCAUGUACCUCCCCGACGUGAUGCUCAUUUCUUUCGAGGACGCGUCGACAAGCACGUCCAACAUCAAGUUCAUCCGCCAGGGUUCUUCCCUCGACAUCGGCAAGCUGCAGGAGGCCAACGAGCUGUAUUGGAAGGUCAUUCACGACGAGAUCUCCGUUAAGGACGCGUCCAUCGAGCUCGACACCCUCAUGCGCCGCAAGCCGAUGUACAAGACGUGGCAGACCAUCGUCUUCGGGGGGAUGUGUUCAGCAGCGAUCUGCAGCGUUAGUUUCAAUGGUUCCUUCGUCGACUCGCUGGUGGCGUUCCCCCUUGGAUGUCUCCUUAUUGUCAUCCAAAUGUUCGCGGCGCGGAACGAGCUGUAUUCGAAUGUCUUCGAGAUCACAGUAGCGACAAUGUUCAGCUUCAUUUGCGCUGCUCUCUCUUCGGUCCCAUUCUUCUGUUACUCCGCCAUAGCGUCUGGUUCUGUCGUCCUUAUUCUCCCCGGUUUCAUCGUUCUCUGUGGCAGUCUUGAACUGACAUCCCGAAACAUCGUCUCUGGGGCAGUGCGAGUGUGCUUCGCGUGCAUAUAUUCGCUCUUCCUUGGAUUUGGACUCGCCAUUGGCGCCACCGCCUACUCAAAGCUCACAAAUCAUCGGCUCGCUGGCUCAGACGAUCUCACCUGCGGAUCCAGCCACGAUCCUGAUGGUCCAUGGUGGCAGCGGACUGCUCCGCUGUGGUGGGCCUUCCUCACCGUUCCAAUGUAUUCGCUGUCCCUCUCGCUGCGUAACCAUGCGCCGUGGAAUCGCCGCGAGCUCUACCUGCUCGUCGCCAUUUCAUGCAUCGGUUGGGUGACGAACCAUUUCACCGGCACGCGCUUCAAGAACCAGAGCGACAUCUCCGCCGCGGUCGGCGCGCUCGCGGUCGGCUUCGUCUCCAACGUCUACGGCCGCCUCUUCCACGGCAGCUCGUUCGUCGUCAUGAUCACCGGCAUCCUGUUCCAGCUCCCCUCCGGGCUCGCGAACGGCGGUCUCUUCACCUUCGUCUCUCAACAGGAGUCGGGCUCGUCGACGUCCGAGUCGUACGUUUCCGGCUUCCAGACCGCCCUGCAACUGAUCUCGGUCUCGAUCGGGCUCACCGUCGGGCUCGGCAUCUCGCUCUUGCUCGUACACCCCAUCCCCUCCCGGCGCCGCGCGGCGGGCAUGUUUACGCUCUGA